AUGGCUUCCCCGCCGAGCUCCGGGCAGCCCCGGCCGCCGCCGCCGCCGCCGCCGCCCGCGCGCCUGCUGUUGCCCCUGCUGCUGUCACUGCUGCUGUCGUUGGCGCCCGGGGCCUGGGGCUGGGCGCGGGGCGCCCCCCGGCCGCCGCCCAGCAGCCCGCCGCUCUCCAUCAUGGGCCUCAUGCCGCUCACCAAGGAGGUGGCCAAGGGCAGCAUCGGGCGCGGCGUGCUCCCAGCCGUGGAGCUAGCCAUCGAGCAGAUCCGCAACGAGUCACUCCUGCGCCCCUACUUCCUGGACCUGCGACUCUAUGACACCGAGUGUGACAAUGCAAAGGGCCUGAAAGCCUUCUACGAUGCAAUAAAGUAUGGGCCGAACCAUUUGAUGGUGUUUGGAGGCGUCUGUCCAUCAGUCACAUCUAUUAUCGCCGAGUCCCUCCAAGGCUGGAAUCUGGUGCAGCUUUCCUUCGCCGCCACCACGCCUGUUCUUGCGGACAAGAAGAAGUACCCAUAUUUCUUCCGGACGGUGCCCUCUGACAACGCGGUGAACCCGGCCAUCCUGAAGCUGCUGAAGCACUUCCGAUGGCGGCGCGUGGGCACACUCACGCAGGACGUGCAGCGCUUCUCCGAGGUGAGGAAUGACCUGACCGGGGUUCUGUACGGGGAGGACAUCGAGAUCUCAGACACAGAGAGCUUCUCCAACGAUCCCUGCACCAGCGUCAAAAAGCUCAAGGGGAAUGACGUGCGGAUCAUCCUUGGCCAGUUUGACCAGAACAUGGCAGCGAAAGUCUUCUGUUGUGCCUUUGAGGAGAGCAUGUUCGGCAGCAAGUAUCAGUGGAUCAUCCCAGGCUGGUACGAGCCUGCGUGGUGGGAUCAGGUGCACGUGGAGGCCAACUCCUCCCGAUGCCUGCGCAGGAGCCUCCUGGCCGCCAUGGAGGGCUACAUCGGAGUGGACUUCGAGCCCCUGAGCUCCAAACAGAUCAAGACCAUCUCAGGGAAGACUCCACAGCAAUACGAAAGAGAAUACAACAGCAAGCGCUCAGGUGUGGGGCCCAGCAAGUUCCACGGGUAUGCCUAUGAUGGCAUCUGGGUCAUCGCCAAGACACUGCAGAGGGCCAUGGAGACCCUGCAUGCCAGCAGCAGGCACCAGCGGAUCCAGGACUUCAACUACACGGACCACACGCUGGGCAGGAUCAUCCUCAAUGCCAUGAAUGAAACAAACUUCUUCGGGGUCACGGGUCAAGUUGUGUUCCGGAACGGAGAGAGAAUGGGAACCAUUAAAUUUACUCAAUUUCAAGACAAGAAAGAGGUGAAGGUAGGCGAGUACAACGCAGUGGCUGACACGCUGGAGAUCAUCAACGACACCAUCAGGUUCCAGGGGUAAGGGUCUGAGCCACCUAAGGACAAGACCAUCAUCCUGGAACAGCUGCGAAAGAUCUCCCUUCCACUGUACAGCAUCCUGUCGGCCCUCACCAUCCUCGGCAUGAUCAUGGCCAGCGCCUUCCUCUUCUUCAACAUCAAGAACCGGAACCAGAAGCUGAUCAAGAUGUCCAGUCCCUACAUGAACAACCUCAUCAUCCUGGGUGGAAUGCUGUCCUACGCAUCCAUCUUCCUCUUCGGCCUCGAUGGAUCCUUCGUCUCGGAAAAGACCUUCGAAACACUUUGCACGGUCCGGACCUGGAUUCUCACCGUGGGCUACACAACUGCCUUUGGGGCCAUGUUUGCAAAGACCUGGAGGGUCCAUGCCAUCUUCAAAAAUGUAAAGAUGAAGAAGAAGAUCAUCAAAGACCAGAAGCUGCUUGUGAUUGUGGGGGGCAUGCUGCUGAUCGACCUGUGCAUCCUGAUCUGUUGGCAGGCGGUGGACCCCCUGCGGAGGACGGUGGAGAGGUACAGCAUGGAGCCGGACCCAGCAGGCCGGGACAUCUCCAUCCGCCCACUGCUGGAACACUGCGAAAACACCCACAUGACCAUCUGGCUCGGCAUCGUCUACGCCUACAAGGGGCUCCUCAUGUUGUUCGGUUGCUUCUUAGCGUGGGAAACACGCAACGUGAGCAUCCCUGCCCUCAACGAUAGCAAGUACAUCGGGAUGAGCGUGUACAACGUGGGCAUCAUGUGCAUCAUCGGGGCUGCCGUCUCCUUCCUGACACGGGACCAGCCCAACGUGCAGUUCUGCAUCGUGGCCCUGGUCAUCAUCUUCUGCAGCACGAUCACUCUGUGCCUGGUGUUUGUGCCAAAGCUUAUCACUCUGAGAACAAACCCCGACGCAGCCACUCAGAACAGGCGAUUCCAGUUCACACAGAACCAGAAGAAAGAAGAUUCGAAAACUUCCACUUCAGUCACCAGCGUAAACCAGGCGAGCACGUCACGCCUAGAAGGGUUGCAGUCAGAAAACCACCGCCUAAGGAUGAAGAUCACAGAGCUGGACAAAGACUUGGAAGAAGUCACCAUGCAGCUACAAGACACCCCAGAGAAGACCACAUACAUUAAACAGAAUCACUACCAAGAACUCAACGACAUCCUCAGCCUGGGCAACUUCACAGAGAGCUCAGAUGGAGGAAAGGCCAUUCUAAAAAAUCACCUCGAUCAAAAUCCCCAGCUACAGUGGAACACAACAGAGCCCUCGAGAACAUGCAAAGAUCCCAUAGAAGACAUCAACUCCCCAGAGCACAUCCAGCGCCGGUUGUCCCUCCAGCUCCCGAUCCUCCACCACGCCUACCUCCCGUCCAUUGGCGUGGACGCCAGCUGUGUGAGCCCCUGUGUCAGCCCUACCGCCAGCCCCCGCCACAGACAUGUGCCACCCUCCUUCCGAGUCAUGGUCUCGGGCCUGUAG